AUGAGAGUACACGUAAAAUUCGAGGAUAAAUGUCUAGUUAUUCCUUGUAAAGAUGGCAAACAGUCUAUAAAAUGGUUGAUUUCAGAAGCAGUGGAAAGAUUUCGAAAGUUACGCAGUACAGAAUCAACAGUCGGCUCACAGUUAGAUGGCUUGUCAAAUAUGCCCAGUUGUUUAUAUUUGCCUAACGGAGGCGGCAUGUUGUUCUUCAACGAUGCCAUCGAAGACGUAUUAGAAAAUGAUGGGUUUGCUGAAUUAAAAAGUAAAAUAGAAAAUGAAGGAUUAUGUAUUUAACUAUUUUUAAUUGAAGAUAAUAUAACAUAGAUUUAUAAAAAAGAAGGACAUUAGGACAAAUAAUAAACGUUUCUGUUAGAAAGACGUCAAUAUGACGUCAGUGGGAGGCGGGGGUUUGUUGGUAUGACGUCUUUUCCUAGAAUAUAUUAAAUUAUGCUAAAUUUGUUUACAUUUACAGAAUCAAAUGAACAGGGCCAGGAUUUUAAGAAAGAAAUGUAUCCAUAUAAUAUGCUAGCAUAAGGGUAGCCCGCGUGCAGGCCCAAGGGAACUGAUAUGCGGGCUAGCAUAAGGGUGAACAAGAAAGUUCAUUUCUCAAAUUGUUUUCUCUAAUUAUAAAUGCAUUGCAUGUGUGCAUUAAUUAGAAUUGUAAUGGCACCUGGUCAUGUUUCUGGUCACCAUGUGCAGCUGUGCACAUUUUUUUUCAACUUAUUAUUACUCUAAUAAUUUAUAUAAUUUUAUAAUUAAAACUAAAAAAAAAUAUAUAAAUUAAAAAAAAUUAUUCUUAAUAAUAAUUAAUAAUAAUUAUUAAUUAUUAUGAAUAAUUAUUAAUAAUUUAAUAAUUAUUAAUAAUAAUAAUUGUUAUUGUUAUUAAUUUAAUAAGCUCUAGAUAAAACAUGAGCAGCCGAUCUUUAUCUGAUAUAAAAACUCAAGCCGAAGGCAAGAGUUAAUUUGUAUAUCAGACAAAGAUCGGAUGCGAAUGUUUUAUCGUGCUUAAAAAACGACCCAUCUUAUGAGUUCAUUGGCGAAGUAAUUUUAAAAAUAAACAUUGACUAAGCCGAGAAAAUCAAAGCUGAAGUUUAUGUAAAUCAGGACAAAUCUUUAUGCGAUUUACAAACUUAAACAUUCAUUUCUUUUGAAUUUUUUCAUGAAUUAUUAAUGAGUUUUAUAAUUAUUAUUAUAAUAUUUAAUAAUUAUAAUAACACUAGUAAUAUUUGUCACAUUUUAUUACAAAUUUCACCUUAACUUCUCUGCAAAGAAAUGACGGAUGUCGGGCAAGUAAAAUUCCACGUCUCAACACUCCAUCAAAGGUAAUUUAAUAUUUUGUGUGAGCAUUUUGUUUUCUAUGUAACAUUUGAAUGAAUAUACAAGACGUAUACUCUUUGUCAAUUAUCAUUUCGAUACCUAGGUUUCUUUGGAUGGUGAUAGUUUAACAGUUCAGUUACUUGUUCAGCUUGGAACUGGUGAAUGGAAAAUACAGGUAGAAUGGAAUUCAUAAAAGUACAAAGUCAAGAAGUUCGCAUUCAUUAUCGUGUACACUUGUUGGGGACUAGGGAUUUUUAUUAAGAAGUUAUUUUUGGACCACAUAAAAAUAGAAAGUGAUCGUACUUUACUUUUGCCAAAAGUUGGGCAGGUGGUAUAUAAAAGAUUUCAACUGGACUGCCACAAAUGUCAAGUGACGCACCAUUCACACUUUUUAUGUGUCCACUUUUUUGAUAAAUUAUUGUAAUCUUUAAGAUAACUCAUGAUGCUUUGCGCCAUGUCAAGGAAAGUCGAGAUUUGGUAGACAGAAUCGUCAGUGAAUCACGAGGUAGGGUAUAAGGAUCCUGUCACAGACCUUUAUAUAUGGGCUUGAGUGGCACAGUCGUUAGAGAGAACGCUUUUUACCUCGGAGAUUGUGGGUUCGAUUCUUGCUCGUGGACAAAUGACACUUUUGUGAAAAGAGAGGUCAACGCUCUACCAAAAAUCGUGGGUGUUCUCUGGGCACUCCGGUUUCUUGGUAUACCAUGUUAACAGGGUGGUUUGGGAUAAGCCCUAAACGACCGACCCUUCCACCGUAGUUGUGCUCCGUGUGAUCAAACACAAGUCAUAAAGCCGGUAUUCCACUAGGCGGAAUUUUGCGCGCGGAGCGGAAUCUUUCUUUGUCUUUUCUAAUUAGUUCCACCCGAGAAAUCACAAGACAAAGAAAAAUUCCGCUCCGCGCGCAAAAUUCCGCGGUGGCUGCCAAAGGUGCCAUUCGUAAAUCUUCAGCGUGAAGUUGCACUACAUCCUUCGUAAUUCAGCUUAGCUCUCGGCUGCAAGUAAGGAAGAUUAGCACACUCCCAACAUUCUUACUAGACUAAUAACCAGCGCGCUACAAUCUCGCAAGCCAGGCUGUAUUACGUCCGUGGUUCCGCUCCACGCCGUAACUACGUCAUGCCUGACUUGCAAAGUUGUACCAGGGACAGGGUAUGUUUUACAAACAGGACGCAGUUUGCAAGCAGGAACAACUUCCACCUAUACAUUGCGUACUUAUUUUUACAGUUGUGUAUGGAAUCAAUACUGGAUUUGGGAAGUUCGCGCAAAAGGUUAUCUCAGACGAGAAACUUGGGUAUGUCUGGCUCCUCAGUGGUCUGGCUUUUAAGAUACUUGUAAGAUUGAGUAGUUGAAAAAUGUGGUAUAGAAUUCCUUUCUGUUUCUGAAGAAAUACAAUUUAUUCACACUAGCGCAUUUAUUCAAAUUUAGUGAAACGAUAUUUAUUGUUAAAAUAUUUUAGCGAGCUUCAAGAAAAUUUAAUAAGGUCUCAUGCAGCUGGUGUAGGGAAUCCGUUAACUCAAGAACAAACCAGGAUGCUAAUGGCUUUACGCAUCAAUGUACUCGCAAAGGGUUACAGGUAAGUUCUAAUGCAGCUAAAGAUGCUUAUGUGAUGUUACUCUGAGUGUAUAUCCACACCGGGCAGGCUUGAAAAAUACGCCUGGCCACGGUGGGAAUCGAACCUACGACCUUUGGAAUACUAGCCCAGUCACAUCACAUAAGCAUCUUAUUCACCUGAGUACAUUAUACCAACACAGCAAAUAUCAUAUUAGAUUACACCGAUAUCGAAGGAACUAGAUUCAGUUCCGAAAUAUUACAUACUCGAACCGAUCUGACCGCGUAGCUCAGUUGGCAGAGCAUUGGGCUAGUAUUCCAAAGGUCGUAGGUUCGAUUCCCACCGUGGCCAGGCGUAUUUUUCAAGCCUGCCCGGUGUGGAUAUACACUCAGAGUAACAUCACAUAAGCAUCUUAUUCACCUGAGUACAUUAUACCAACACAGCAAAUAGCAGCUAAAGAUGUUUGCACAUCAAAGUUAUGAUUGAACAGUUGAGUACUCUGAUAUGCAUAUGUAUCAGGUCCAGUUAUCGACUAAUUUUUUAUCUAGACAAGAAAGACGAAAUCUAUCAUUAUAGCUUAAAAGAGCAUCCUAAAAUUAGUAAAAUUGCAAAGUUUGGUUGCAAGAUGUUGUAAAAUACGGAAAACUAUAGCCCUGUGAAAUUAGCAAAUUUUGAGUAUUUUAGUAUUACGCGCGGAAAAAUGCACCACUUUGGGCUCAAAAGUGCCUUUUCCCGCUCGUAAUACUAAAAUACUCAAAUUUUGCUAAUUUUGCUAACGUUUAUCAAAUUUAUUCCUCUAUAUUGCAGUGGUAUUUCACUGGAGAAUUUAGAACGGAUUGUGGAAGCUUUCAACGGUAAUAACUAUAACGUGUUUCACCAUUGCAACUCGAUGCAGUGAUGUUGUAGUUUUGUUUUAAUUUCUACUCUCUAGCCUCAUGUCUGCCCUGGAUUCCUGAACAAGGCACAGUGGGAGCGAGUGGUGAUCUCGCGCCAUUGGCGCACCUCGCGCUUGGCCUCAUGGGAGAAGGGAAAAUGUGGAGUCGUAAGAGUGGCUGGGCUGAUGCUAAACUGGUUGGUUCAAUUUGCUUGUACAUAUUGUUAAAGUCCAGAAAGUCUCGAUAUAUGUUUUCAUUAUGCUCUUUGUUAUAGGUGUUGGACGCGCAUGGAUUGAAGCCAAUCGUACUUGGACCUAAAGAGGUGUUCAGAAGUUCCAUAUUUUUGAAAAUACAAUUAUCGAACCUACUUUCGUGAUCUGAUAGAUUAGUUUGAUGUAUUCGGGGGGGGCAAUCAGUGAAUACGGUUGUGUCCCUUGUGUCCUAUUACAGUAAUGCUCAUCUGAUUAUUUUUAAUUAUUCAGAUUCGGCAAUUUAAUUUUGUUUAGGGUUUAGCAAUGAUCAAUGGGACACAGCUUAUUACUGCAAUUGGAACUGAAGGUAUGUGA